GUGAUUUUUGGAGUGUUGGAAAAGUUACUCGCUUGAAAACAGAUUAUAAUCGAAAGUCCGACCCACUUUGAGGCCCAUCUCAUCAUUCAGAAACAACUCUCGUCUCCCUCACCGGAAACUCUCAAAUCACCGGAAAACUCGCCGGAGUUCGUCGUCGACGUUCCAGCUAUUGGAACCUCAGAUCAUGGACACUCAGAAAAACCAAGCUGAAAAGCCAACUUCAUCAGCUGCUGUUGCCACUUCUUGUCGAAAGAAGAAGCAUGAAGAAGCCUCAUUCUUGGAGGAUGUGAAGGAUCACAUUGACGAGUUUAUUAAUGCUUCUAUGGAUGAACACAAAACCUGCUUUCAGAAAACAAUUAAGAAGAUGUUUGGUUUGUCCAAGGUAGUGGCUGAAGCGAAUUCCAAGGCUACAAAAGAAGUUGAAAGUUCUUUGCCUCUUCAGACAGUUUUAAAAGAGUAAAUUUGUUGUUUUUCUAACCUCUAGGUUUAACUGAAUCAUGCAGUAAUAAUCCACGCAUAUUUUGUUAUAUUUAUGUUAGGAUUUAAAUAAACGGAGAGAAGCUGUUUUAUUUUAUAAAAAUAUUUGUUUAUAUAAACUCCAUUCACGAGUUGUUGCUGUUUCAGUUUGUUUCUCCAAAGAAAUGGAGAACCGAAACACUAAUUUAAGAUGUAUAAAGGUAUAUGGACACAUUACUGUAAUUCCUGAGAUACAUUUUGUCUUAAUACACCACAAACUAUAUGGUAAUGCAGCUUUGCGUUUUUUGUCCA